GCGGUGUACCGGUUUCCCGGCCGGGUGUGGCACCUGGAGUUCCUGGCCCCGCGCAGGGCCCUGUACGUGCUGUGCGCCUGGAAGGGCCUGUACUGCUUGUCGUUGGACCACCCGAGCAGGCCAGCGAGCCAGGAUGACGGGGAGAGCGAGGACGGCGAGCCCCCCUCCCCCGUGGUCCCUGUGGACCCAGAUGCCUGCGUCCUCCUUGACGCCUCACUGUGCGCUUUCACCCUGCUGGACAAUGUGCUGGUCACCUUGGUGCAGGGCCCCGCCCAGUGGAAGAUGCAGUUGUUUGACCGGCCCUGUCCUGGGGAGGACCCCCGGCCGGGAGACCAGAUUGGCGAGGUGACCUUGUCCGCCUGCACACCUGUGGCCGGAGUCCCAGGGAAUCCCACAUCUCCCCCCUUCCUUCCAGUGCUGUGCUGUGUGUUGCCACCAGGCACCAGGGUGACUCACAGCCACACCUGGGGCCACGGGAGCUUUGUGUUGGAUGAGGCUCUCUUUGGGCUACUCUUUGGAGCCGACGCCACCCUCCUGGAGUCUCCUGUGAUUCUCUGCGGUCUCCCUGACGGCCAGCUCUGCUGUGUGGUUCUGAAGGCCCUGGUCCUGCCCAGGUCAGUCCCCAGUGACCCAGCAGCCCUGGUUCAGAUCCUGCACCACCUGGAGGAGCCUGUCGUCUUCAUAGGGGCUGUGAGGACAGAGCCGUGGGCCGGUGAGGCCAUGGGGGAGACGCUGUCCACGGUGCACGCGGACUGCCUGGUGGCCCUGGGUCACCACGGCCGAACGCUGGCCAUCAAGGCCAGCUGGGGCGAGUCUGGGAACCCAGUGCCAGAGCUGCGGGAGUACCAUCUCGUGGAGCCCGUGCUGUGCGCAGCGUGUGGCGGGGGCGGCCAUGUGUACUAUAGCACCCCCACGGACCUCUGCGUGGUGGACCUGUCUUGGGGAGGCAGCCCUGCAGACCCUGAGGAGCCCAGUGGAGGCCCAGGCACCCUGCCCGCCCUGCUGUGCCCGGCCAGCUUGAGCAUCUGCAGCGCCGUUGCGCUCUCUGUGGCGCCCGGGGAAGCUAAAGGUAGUGCCAAGCUCUUCGCCCUGUCUGCCAAGGGCCGCCUGAUGAGGUGCAGCCUGGACUCGACCUCUGAGCUGCCUGGCUCUGCCAGGGCGACCCCGGAGAGCACAGGCAGGAGGGUCAAGGAGCUGCUGUCUGGGAUCGGCGCUGUCUCUGAGAGGGUGUCUUUCCUGAAGAGAGCAGUCGACCAGCGGAACCAGGCCCUGGCGAGCCUCAACGAGGCCAUGAACGUAAGCUGCGCGCUGCUGUCCAGCCGGGGGGGCCCCCGACCCAUCUCGUGCACCAUCACCGCCGCCUGGGGCCGUCCCUCGCUGCGCGACGUGCUGACGGCCACCUGUCUGCUGGAGAGCAGCGGCGGCUUCCAGCUGGGCCACGGCUGGGCCCUGUGCGUGCAGGUGCUCAGCUGCUCCCGGGCCCUGGACCUGGACGCGGCUGGCUCGGCUGUCACCUACACCAUCCCUGUGGACCAGCUCGGCCCCGGCAGUCGGCGUGAGGUGGCACUGCCCCUAGGCCCCGGCGAGGACGGAGAACUCGACCUGCCCGUGACCGUGUCCUGUGCACUCUUCUACAGCCUCAGGGAGGCCGUGGGUGGUGCCCUUGCCCCUGUGGACUCCUGGGAGGACCCCUCUCUGGACGAGCGUGCACCAAACAUCCUCCCUGAGCAGGAAGGCAUCUGCCUGCCCCUGAGCAGGCACACGGUGGACAUGCUGCAGGGCCUGCGUUUCCCCAGCCUGCUGCCUGCACACGCACAGGUCACCUGCCUGCUGGGCCCUGCCGGCAACCCUGUGGAUGCCUUCCUGGACACUCGUCGAGAGCUGGGGCCUGAGCCUGCAGGCCCCACCUCCCCACAGACCAAGGCCCUGUCCCCUUCGGUCGCCUGCAUCAAGGUGUCUGCAGAGCUGCUCAGGGCUGCCCUGCAGCAUGGUCCCCCAGGUGUGCCCCUGUCCUGUGCCACCCUGCAGUGGCUCCUUGCCGAGAACGCCGCCGUGGAUGUUGUGAGGGCCCGGGCACUGUCCUCUGUCCAAGGAGUGGCCCCAGAUGGUGCAGACGUCCACCUCAUUGUCCGAGAGGUGGCCAUGGUGGACCUGUGCCCAGCGGGUCCCCUCCAGGUCGUGGAGGUCCAGGUGGAGAGCCCGUCUCUGGCUGACCUGUGCCGGGCACACCACGCCAUCAUUGGGCGCCUGCAGACGCUGGUCAUGGAGCAGGCCGCGCAAGGCUCCAGCCCCCCUGACCUCCGCGUGCAGUAUCUCCGCCAGAUCCACGCCAACCACGAGGUGCUGCUGCGGGAAGUGCAGUCCCUGCGUGACCGGCUGUGCAGGGAGGACGAAGCUGGCUCCCACGCCACUGCACAGAGGCUCCUGCAGGUGUACCGGCAGCUGGAACGGAACCCCAGCCUGGUCCUGCUGUGACCCGCCGGCUCCCGCGCCCACUGCCUUCACGGCUUAGCGAAGGCCCCAGGUCACGACAGGUUCACUUCCUCAACUCCUGACUCUGGGAAGCGUGGGCUGGCCAGAGCUGUGGGCGGCCAGUGGCGGGGG